ACCAGAAGAAAAACCAGCAGGGAGUCACACUUUUCAGUGUCAGCUCUGGUUGUGACUAGUAGGUUCCCCCGGCUCUGCAUCCCGCAGGACUCGGACACAAGCAGCAGGCUUCAGAUCAAGUGUGAGCACUAAACUUAUAACAAUGGCAGCACAUUUAGGGUUGCAGACAGUAACUCAAUCUGUGUGCUGUUUCACUUGCCAGCUACUGUGAAAUUUUGUGUAGCUGCAUAGCAGUAGCUAUUCUUAAGUGUUUUAUAAAUAUACAACAUCUAGCAGAGGACUUUAUCAUACAUUUAGUUCAUUUAACCCUACAACUGAGCAGUUGAGGGGUAAAGCCUCUUGCUAGCCCUGGAAUUUAAACUUCUGGGCCAACAUCUUACCCACUGAGCUACCACUUCCAUAUAACUUACUGUAUAUAAGGAUGUUACUACUGCUUGAGUAAUGUUAAAUUUAGAACAUCUUACAGUCCAGUGGAUACCUUUCAUGGUCUUGGAUACAGCAGUGUUGUAUCUUGGUGAAGUGAUAGCUCAGUGGUUAAGGUGUUGAACUAGUGACAGGAAGGUUGAGAGUUUGAAUCCCAGGAGCACCAAGUUGCCACUGCUGGGCCCUUAAGUCGGGCCCUUAAGUCAGACCCUUAACCCUUAGUUGUACAAAUGACAUAAAUGUAAGUUGUUCUGGAUAAUGCUGUAAAGGUAAAAUACCUGCUCUAACACAUUAAUGCUGGCAGAGAAAGGGCCUGCUUAAUGACCUGAUUCUAGCCCUGAGUGGACCUGAAUGAUCUAUCAUUUACCCACCCCUAAAAGUAAACGUGACACCAGAGGCAUUCCAUUAAACCUAUGUUUCUGCUUUCUGUUAACAUACUACUCAGACUGCCUAUAAUAACUGUGCUGAUGUGAGAUAAGUCAGGGUUUGUGAUGUGAGAAUUUCCAUGCAUGGAUCCAUGUGUCCAUUUAAAUGACUAUAUGUUAUCUAUGCAGGUUUACAUUUUCAAGGCUACUUUGUGACUAACUACUGAGGCGUACAUUUUAAUAAACCUCUUGACCGGGCACCAUGAGGACCCUCUGUUCUGUUCUCUUGCUGGUGUUUGGUAUUACCAUUAGUCAGGCUCUUGACAACAAGGCACUAUGGCAGUUCAGGUCUAUGAUCCUCUGUGUAAAGCCUGAUAGCUGGCCAGCUCUAGACUACGCAGAUUAUGGCUGCUACUGUGGUUUGGGUGGCUCAGGAACCCCAGUCGAUGACCUGGACAGAUGCUGUCAGGUUCAUGACAAGUGCUUUAGUGAUGCCAAGCAACAUCAGGCAUGCUGGCCAAUCCUGGACAAUCCUUACACUGAGAUCUACGCCUAUAGUUGUGACAAAGUCACUAAAACAAUCACCUGCAAAAGCAACAACGAUGAGUGUGAGAUGUUCAUCUGUGAGUGUGACCGUAAGGCUGCUGAAUGCUUUGCUAUGUCUGAAUAUCAUGAGGAAAACAAGAACCUGCCCAGUGAUUGCUGCAAAUAAAUGAUAGAUAACUUGCACACCAUAUCAGCCACCAGAGCACUAGCCAUCAUAUCACUUGAGUUUGAUAUGAAAUGUACUUUCAGCAAAUAUUAUGUCUAUGUAUUUUAUCUUAUGAAA